AUGGGUUGCGCACCAUCCAAAGGAAACAAUUUUGGGGCUCUUGGUGCCUUGAGGAAGGGGAGAAUGCUUCCCCCGGCACCGCAGGAACGCCCAAGAGAGUCCCUCUUUGCAGAGGAAGAGAACCGUUACUCAACAUGUAAAGAUGGCGACUCAAAGGAGAGAAAACCAGCAGGACAAAUGCAGGUAAUACAGAAAGAGGCUCAAAUGACACCACAAAAGAAGAGAUCUGUGACUGAGCAAGCCUCUGAAGCAACUAAUGUUGAUAAAUCGGGGAGUCAACGGAUAGACACAGUAUCACAGAAAAAGGAGAAAUCUGUUGAUAAGCAAGAUGCCACAGAAAAGAAGCCUAGCAGAAAGCCAAAGAAAAAUAACAGAGGUAAUAAGGUAAAAAAGAAAGACAAGGACAAACAAGCAAUAGAAAACAAAGUGGACUUCCCAGAACCAUUGGUUAAAGCUCAUCAAGCUGCAUAUGCCUUUCUGAAUCCUAGCAUAAACAGAUAUGAUGAUCUCCUCGGACUUUUGGAGCAAGCAACCCAAACACAGGUUUCUGUGCAGCCGAUGGUUGCUUUCAUGGCUCUGCGGUACGAGGAAAUAAUUCAAGGACUGGACGAGAUGGUGGAUGAGGGAGAAAAAGUUAUGAAAGAAUAUGGAGAGCAUCUCUCUUGGCCAAGUCAAGCAAAAAACCUCUCAUCUUCUCCACCUCCAAAGUCUGGCUCAGCUAACUUAGAGUCCCCACCGGAUUUGUUGCAGCAGCUGCUUCAGUACACCACACAGAGGAUGCGAAAUGUGUGCCAGACGGUCAGUGGGAUUGGGGAUUCUGCUUUGGUAGAGGCAGUAGAGUACUUUGCCUCUAUUUCAGAGCUUUUAGAGGAGAAACUUAAAGUCAAACGUGCAGCAGAGACCAGGCUCAUGCAAAUCUUAUCCCGCAUUGAAAUGGCUUCUAUACACAAGCCUCGCCCAGAGGACUCUGCCCUCUUCAGUGAGGAUAGUGGUAUUGGGGCUGAGAAUGAAUCCCUUGCUGGAUCUGAAAGGCGAUAUAGACGAGAGAGCUGUGAAUCCAUGGGGACAAAUAGAACGACUCCUGUCAGUCCUAUGGGAUACACCUGCAUGAACGUUAGACAAGGAGUAUCAAGUCGAAAGACUGCAAGGCAAAUCAGUCCAAGUGUUUCUCUCACCUCACUAAACUCAUUGGGUUCCAUAUGCACCUUAAUGGCCAAUGACCAGAGAGACUCUUUGCUGGGCUCUGUCUCCUUUGAUGAUGAUGAUGGUGAUGACAACAAUGAAGAUGAUGAGACUGACAGAGUGCAAGGUGGUUUUCCAAAGCGAACAAAUUCUUCCCCCAUAAACCGGGAGCAACAACAGCCACGUCGCCUACCACCAAAGCGCAUAGAGAACCCUCAAAAUGUAGAGAUGACAAUCAAAAUGAAAAAUGCUAUAAGUGGCAAAAUACAGUUUGUCCCACGGCAGAACUCGAACGUGAAAACAAAGACCCUUGGAAGCCCUAAAACAGGUAGGCGCCAGUGGACAGAUGAGGAGGAACAAUCCCAGAAAAGGCCUCAAACAUCUGGACCUGUUCGGAGGGCAGUGGUGAAAAAGACCCCAGUGACUAAGGAGCAGCGUUCAAGGUCAGCAGAAUCCCUGAGGAGUAAAGGGGAAGACCCGACUUUGCUUGAACUAGCCAGGACCCAGAAGGAUUUAAACCAGCGGUUGCAGAGGAUGAACAAGAGCAAGACGAGUGGAAACAUCAGGACUGCUCCAUCUAAACAAAACCAAGGAACUUCACCGGCACAGUCUCCAGCAACGUCUCGCAAACAACCACCAUUAGAGAAAAAAAGCAAACCCCAAUCACCUAAAGAGAAAGAGGACCUUUCAAGAUGCGAUAGUAAUAAACAGGAGCUAACCAGUGAUGGAGAAGAAGAUCAGCUGAAGGACAGGAAAACACCCCAGGGUCCUAUAAAAGCUACCCCACCCCCUAGCCCUCCUCCAUCACCACGACCAUCUUCAGGCUUUCAGAGAGGCAGGAACUCUGUCCGGAAACUGAUUGAUACAUUCAGUCAAGGAAUAGAGGAACUAGACAGUCCCAAAGUGCUUGGGCCUCUCAAGGGUGUACGAAAGUGCGGAGUCCCGGUGUUACCUGGUUUAGGAAAUGUUGAAGCUGUGCUUAUUGGUGGUGUAACCAGCUGUAGACCUGAAUCCGCUUUAUCGGUGAAAAAUGACGACUUUGAUCCUGAUAGUCUCCCUCCGCCUCCACUAGAAGUUUUAUUGGACAAUUCUUUUGAAAGUGUUCAGAAUCCUACAGCUUGUGUAGCAGAGGAAGGGCCUGUGAAACCCAGAAGAUCACCUGUGCUUAAAAGGGCAACAGUUUCUCAACGACUAAGAGCCUCAGUUCAGGCGGUGACAGUGCUGCCAAACAGAGGAGGCCUGCCUCAAGCUCCCAAGGUUAGCUUCAGUGAUAGAGUAGAUCAAAAAGACACUUCUCCGUCCUCAAAGGUCAUCCCACCAGAUCUUCAACUGGAGGCAGAAAAGGAAAAUGAUUCACUGUACCAACAAGCCAUAAAGAAUAUACACCAAAGACAAUCUCCUGACCCAGAGGGUAUGUCAACAAGUCAGGUAGCAGCAAAUCCAGCUGACAGUCAAGAAGACGUUCAAGAUGGUGUCAUCCUUUCAGUGCCUGGAUCAAAUACAACAGUGCCUCCUUCUCUAAUUGUCAGAAGCCAACCAUCUGCCACCCCACCUGUGUCUAGAGGUCGAAUGUUACCAUCCACACCUUCUACACCAAGCAAUCUACAACGAAGACUUAACAGUCCCAGCAAUUUUAGACGGCAACCAUCUCCAUCCUCUUCAACCAGCCCCCCUGUUAACCGGAAACUCCCCACUCCACCAGCAGUUCAGAGGCGGCUGCCAACCCCACCUGCAGCAAAGCAGAACAACUCAAACACAAAUUCAUCUUCCUCAUAUCCCUUUAAAGCACCGUCUCCACCAGCCUCACCAAAGCUACACAGAUGGUCCAGGGAGAACAGUAGUGAAGACUUGUCUAGUGCUCGGAAGUUCAGUAACGCACGCUCAGUCUUCUGCCCCGCCUCUUCAUCCCUGUUUGAAGCCCAGCCUUGUGCUGUUCCAAGACCCCCUCAAGCAUGGACCUCAACUGGGGUUUCUUAUCUCUCACGAGCUUGGGAGAGUCGUGGGAGGUUUCCUGUCUCUGUUCAAGGACCUCGUCCAUUUGUCAGACGGAGCCAAUCGGACAGAAGGCCGAGCCUGCCGCCAAGAUCACCAAAGACUUCAGUGGCUGAGAGUUGUGGGAGUGAGCCAACUAUAUAUUCACCAGGGUUGGACGAUGAACCGACCAGAGAAGAUGACCUCUGGGGAAGCCAAUCAGACCUGAGAGCUACACCACGCUCUGCCUCACACCCGGACCUGUGUGUUGUUGGACAGGCGUUACACAGAGACUAA